AUGAUUUUGCAUUUCCGGGUAGGGGACCUGUGUAUAAACAAUACAGAUCUCUCCCCUGUCAGCUCCUGCGCACUGCUUUGUAUGACUCUGCAGAGCCAUACAAAGCAGUGUGCUUAUAGUGAAACACCACACACAGCACACAGUUAACCCUUUGAUUGCCCCACAUGUUAACCCCUUUCUGCCCAGUGCCAUUAGUAGUGUCAGUGCUUUUUAUAAGCACUGAUCGCUGUAUUGGUGUCACUAGGGAUGUCAGUGACACCAAGUCAGUUCCCUUCCAGUGUCAGAAUGCCUGCCACAGUCCCUCUAUAA